CUACAACCCCUCAAAGCUUCAUUCAGAUAGCUUAACGCAAUCCAAAAGAGUGUAACAAUAUACAAAGACCAUAAAACAAUGGCAGUCUCAGCUCUAACAAUUCAGACCCCAAACUUCCAUUCCCUUCAAACCUUCAAUCCCACAAAGUCCUUCUUCACCACCACCACCAUCAACCCCACUUCUUCUUGCUCCUGUUUUUCCAAUACAGACAAUGCAAAGCUCUCUACAGCCACAGCUUCAACUUCUGCAACAAGAAAACGCGUAUUUGAAAUGGGUAUUGGGCUUCUAGCAGCUUCGGUUAUGGCUUUGUCACCGUUGGAUGCGAACGCUACGAGAGUUGAGUAUUACGCCACUGUGGAAGAGCCUUCGUGUGAGCUCAACUUCGCUCGCUCUGGCCUCGGUUACUGUGACAUUUUAGUCGGCUCUGGUGAGGAAGUUCCUUAUAGUCAGCUUAUCGAUAUGCACUACACUGCAAGAUUUGCUGAUGGGACAGUCUUCGACAGUAGCUAUAAGCGUGGUAGACCUCUCACUAUGCGUCUUGGUGUUGGCAAGGUCACCAAGGGCUUGGACCAGGGAAUUUUAGGUGGUGAAGGAGUACCUCCAAUGCGAGUAGGAGGAAAGCGUAAGCUUCAGAUUCCCCCUGAAUUGGCAUAUGGGCCAGAACCAGCAGGAUGCUUUUCAGGUGACUGCAAUAUACCAGCCAAUGCAACUCUUCUGUAUGAUCUUAAUUUCGUUGAUAUCUACACUGGAAAUAGAACUGAAGGAAGCCCAAAGCAAUAACAUAUAGAUGGGAAGCCCAUGAAGAUCAAGCUUGGUUCACAAACUUCAGGGUGCUGAAGUGCAUCUUCAUUUUUUAGUAUGGACCAAAAUUGUGUGGAAGAAUCCAUGGCUGACAGUAGUCACCUCUCACAAAGGACAAGUGCCUAUACCUGCCUAAUCCAGUUGCUUGCCAACUGUGUUCUUCCUGAAGACUACUACCUAUCAUUUCUGGCGGUAAUUUAUCAUCCUGAUUGAUCUGAAUAGGGUGUUUGUCUUUUGCACAUGGCUUCUAUGUGACCUCAUAUAUAAGUUGGGUUAAAAUGAAUAAAUAAAAGUAUAUAUUACUAUGA